AUGGCCUAUGACCGCUAUGUGGCCAUCUGCAAACCCCUGCACUACGGGACCCUCCUGGGCAGCAGAGCUUGUGUCCACAUGGCAGCAGCUGCCUGGGGCAGUGGGUUUCUCUAUGCUCUCCUGCACACGACCAAUACAUUUUCCCUACCCCUCUGCCAAGGCAAUGCCCUGGACCAGUUCUUCUGUGAAAUCCCCCAGAUCCUCAAGCUCUCCUGCUCACACUCCUACCUCAGGGAAGUUGGGCUUCUUGUGGUCAGUGCCUGUUUAACCUUCGGGUGCUUUGUUUUCAUCGUGCUGUCCUAUGUGCAGAACUUCAGGGCCGUGCUGAGGAUCCCCUCUGAGCAGGGACGGCACAAAGCCUUUUCCACGUGCCUCCCUCACCUGGCCGUGGUCUCCCUGUUUGUCAGCACUGCCGUGUUUGCCUACCUGAAGCCCCCCUCCAUCUCCUCCCCAGUUCUCGACCUGGUGGUGGCUGUGCUGUACUCAGUGUUGCCUCCAGCACUGAACCCCCUCAUCUAC